AUUUUACUAAUAACUGUGUAUGUGUUGUUUUCAACUUACCGCUGAUCGGUUCAAUCCCAAAUAGGAACCGACAUUCAAUUAUUGAUCAUAUUUCAUUAGAUGUAAACUUGUCUCCACUCUAGGUGAAACUGCGACUCCCAAAGAAAUGGGGAAAAAACGCGUACUAGUUUCGCAUCUUCUGCUAUUUUUGUGCAUCAUCAUCGAGAACGGAGCUGAAAUUCCUCAAACGAUUCCAAGUUCGCUGUCCACAAAAAAAGAACGACUAAAGACUGAAAAACUUCCAGCCUGUAAAGCAUGUUCGGUGUUGGUAAACUCUUUUCGCGAUGGUAUGAAACGAACCGAAAGGUCCAAGCACGAUGGUGGAGAUGCUGCUUGGGAAGAAGAACGGCUCGGGAGCUACAAAACCAGUGAACUUCGCCUAGUCGAAAUUCAGGAAAGUCUCUGCAGGGACGUCUCCCGUGGGGAAGAUCAGUGUCAUCAGUUGGCCGAAGAAUAUGAAUCGCUUAUAGAAGACUGGUGGAAAAAACACCAGAAUCAAUACCCGGAACUUCAUCUAUGGCUCUGUGUUGAACAGGCUAAAGUUUGCUGCCCAGAGGGGUUUUUUGGACCGAACUGUGAACCGUGUCCAAAUUGUUUCGGAAAUGGAAAAUGUAAAGGUAAUGGAACUCGAAAAGGCAACGGUAAAUGUGCUUGUGAUGAGGGAUACGCCGGUGACAACUGCGAAAACUGUGGUCCGGAGCACUACGAGGCGUUUCGCGACACCGACAAGCUGCUCUGCACAAAAUGUCAUAAAGCUUGUGCGGCCGGAGGUUGCACCGGAGCGGGACCGAAUGCUUGCCGCGUUUGCCGAAAUGGGUGGCUCAUGGACAGUCAGCGAGGUGGAUGCACGGAUAUUAAUGAGUGCAUCACGGCCAAUACGUGCACUAAGCAUCAGUUUUGCGUAAACAACGAAGGAUCGUUUAGUUGUCUAGAAUGUGAUAGAUCGUGUGACGGUUGCGACGGAGACGGGCCUGACAUGUGCAAAAACUGUGCUGACGGUUUUGAAUUAAGAGAUGGCAUGUGUUCUGACACUUCUAGUGAGAAACGCAAUCAGUACGUCACCUUUACCAGAUACCUUACGUACUUUGGUUUGUGCAUAGCAACUUUCAUCGUGUUCCAGAGCUCUACGUGGCUGGCAGCCCUCGUUGGGAUAGCCGUAGGCGUGUAUAUUACCAUGUCCGAAAUAUGGUUAAAAACUAGCCCCCAGGCCACUACUGCUCCAUCACCAACGAUACUCGAUGAUAUUCUACAACAGUAGUAAUCACAUUAGGCAGACGGUACGAGCGUUUCAAUAUUUCUAAGUCAGGAACAGCAUUAGCUACAGUUGUUUCGAAAUCGUAAUAAUGAAACAGAAUAAGUGUGGCACUGUGGAAUUUUCACUAAUACUAGUUUGUUUGUAGUUCUGUAAGAACCGCGUGUGAUCAAAGUAACUAGCGCAACAAAGAGACAAUUCGAAGUUGAUCCAAACCAGUCGAUUUCAGACAUUAUGUAGUAUUAAAUUGAUAGAGGAAAAUGUGUAGAAUAAUAAAUACAACCGAUUGAAGACAAAA